CAAAUUUAUUAGAAAAUUAUUUUUUUUUAUGCAUUUUCAAUAAGUAUCUCGAUCUCUUGUUUCGCGAAAAUAUUCCUAUUGUUGUAUCCCUCUUAACAGAGAUGUUUAAUGUAAACAUAGAAUUUUGGCUUUUUGGUAUUUUCUUGAUUGCUCCAUUAGUCUCAAGAGUUGAUGUCUUCAAAGAAGCUUUUAACAAUCAGAAAAGAUUUUUCGAAAAGAUUUAGAAAGUGUAACCUCUUUUUGAUACACACCCAAAGUUUAUACAUAUUUCAUUACUAUACAAAUUUUCCAUACAAGUUGCGUAACAUAGAUAAUCUGUUACACGUUAAUUGUUUAAAACUUUUACUGUAGAGAUAUUGUUGACAAUUUUUAAUUAUUAUUUCUUUAACAUUUAUUCUAGUUUUAUGUAGAGUUCUACGUUAUCAGCCGAUUAUUUUAUAUAUACUUCUCACAGAGUUUCUUAUUAGAUAAAAUUUUUAUAAAAAUAUUUAUUUUUUUAUUUUUAGUUACAGCUUAUGAACAAACUUGACAAAUUAAUGUUAUGUUGCGCACGUUAUAAUAAGAAAACGAAAAUUUUAAUUAGAUUUAUUAGAUUGAAGCAGACAACGACAUUAAUUUUCUUAUUGUCUAUUAAAUUCACAGAUAAUGCAUGCACUAGGGUGCACAUUAUUUAAAAAUGUCAUUACUUUCACACCUUGUAUCACGUAAUAUUCACUAUAACGUUCGUCCAACAGUUGAGAACAUUUUGACCUCUUUCACGGUCACAAAGUAUAGACGCUCCUAGGGAACGUAAUAUUGAUUGUCAAUAAUCAAGAGUUUAACAAUAACGUAAAACCAUUGCUUUCUUUAACGUACGUGUUAGUACUGUCCGGUAUGUUCGCCAACGAGGGUGGCCUGGCAAAAGUACUCCAUGAACUCUAUUCUUGGAUUUUUGUCUCGAGCGCCGAGCAAAGCCAUGGAGCGUUACGAACGUCUGGCGCGUCUCGGCGAGGGUAGCUACGGCGUCGUCUUCCAAUGUAGGGAUCGACAAACUGGAAAUUUGGUAGCUGUAAAAAAGUUUCAACAAACCGAAGAUGACCCCCUAAUACGUAAGAUUGCACUACGCGAGAUACGUCUUCUAAAGAAUCUCAAGCAUCCAAACUUGGUCAAUCUUCUGGAGGUGUUCAGACGGAAGAGAAAAUUACAUUUAGUAUUUGAAUAUUGCGAAAACACUCUUCUGAAUGAAAUGGAAAAGUAUCCUAGUGGUUGCCCGGAUCUCACUACGAGGCAGAUUACUUGGCAGAUUCUGCAAGGUGUCGCUUAUUGCCACCGUCUUGGAUGCGUUCACAGAGAUGUGAAGCCAGAAAACAUUCUCAUCACCGCCGAAGGCGUGGUAAAAUUGUGCGAUUUUGGGUUCGCGCGUAUGCUCAGUCCUGGGGAGAACUAUACGGAAUAUGUCGCAACCAGAUGGUACAGGGCACCCGAAUUGUUGGUCGGGGACACGCAAUACGGCACUCCGGUCGAUGUGUGGGCAAUUGGAUGUGUGUUUGCUGAAUUAAUACGGGGCGAAGCCUUAUGGCCAGGAAAAUCCGAUGUAGAUCAGUUGUACCUAAUUAGAAGGACGCUGGGCGAUCUCUUACCGAGACACAUGGUUAUCUUUCAACAGAACGAAUUCUUUCACGGUAUUACUCUUCCAACACCGCAAACACUUACGCCUCUUGAAGAUGCUUUACCCCGUGGAAAUGGCAACGCUUUACAGCUGGAUUUCCUGAAGAAGUGUUUGGAUAAAGAUCCAAAUGAAAGGUGGACGUGCGAACAGUUGUUGCGGCAUUCUUAUUUUGACAAUUUUCAUUUUAAAGUACCGGAUGUCGAGUCGGAAGAGUUUGAGAAACUUAAAAAAUAUCGAGAACGUUCUAGGAAUACCAAUUAUAGUCAAAUGGUACUACCCCAACUACCCAAGGCUGGUCCUUCUGUUCAUAGCCAAAGUGAAAAUCGGCCGAAGAGCUCCUCUGUACAUCAACAAAACUUUGACCAUCUACCUACUAUAAGAGGUUAAUUAAUCUCCUCUGUGAUUGUACAUAUAUUUUCCUAAGCUUUUUGAGAAUAUUCACGUUAAUUUAUAGAAUUCUAUGAAAAUGAUUGUUAUUAUUUUAUUUAUAUUAGCACUUUUUUUUCUAUAGAAUUUUCUUUAAACUUUUAUUUUUACAUAGAGAAGAAUAAACGCGUGCAAUUCAUAUGUAUAUCUCUCUUACAAUAAAAGUUUUAUAUAAAAUA